AAAACGCCACCCACCACUUCCCCCUCCCAAACCAAACUCCUACACUACGCUACGCUAGGCUACGCUACACAGUACACACACAGUUUCCUAGCCUCCUUCCUUCCGUGCCCCCAAAAAUGUCGCCCAAUCUCUCAGUACUCAGUCUGAACUGACACCAACCAAACCCCCACAACUCUAACCACCACCACCACCACCACCAUGACUUACUCUUCAAUCUUCAUUCACAACUACCUCACCACUUCUCUCAGACAACCUAGAACAACACUAGCCGCCACUACCACAGCCUCUCUCCACCUCCGUCGCCGCUCCCAUUUCCGCCCUAGUAGUACACCCCUACGCUGCCCGCCACUCCCUCGUUGUCCUACCCUUAAUUCCUUUGCCAUCUAUCACCGGAGAUCAUCAGCUUUUGCUGCCAAAAGCUCCGCGGGUCUUUUCUCUUCUCUGCGUUUUAAGGAUGACAGUAUCCCUUUUCUAAAUCAACGGAAUUCACGGUAUGGUCGCCUGGCAUACGAUGAGUAUGGUUCUGAUCAGGAGGAUUCCGAUAGGGAAGUCGAGUCCGGCCAAUUGUGUGCUUCAACACUUGAUAACAUUGAAGACUGGAAAUGGAAGUUAACCAUGCUUAUGCGCAACAAAGAUGAACAAGAAGUGGUGUCGCGGGAGAGAAAAGAUAGACGCGAUUUUGAUCAACUUUCAGCACUUGCAACCCGAAUGGGUUUAUAUAGCCAUCAGUAUGCAAAAGUAGUUGUUAUUAGUAAGGCCCCGCUGCCGAAUUACAGGUCUGAUCUGGAUCAUAAGCGUCCACAGAGGGAGGUUAUUUUACCUUUUGGGUUGCAAAGAGAAGUAGACGCGCGUCUUAAAGGAUACAUUUCUAUCAAGUCUGUGAAUGAGGAAAACUUCUCAGAUAAUACCUCUUUAAGAUCUGGCAGUGACAACAGUAUUUAUACUGGUGGUGGAGUUCAUGAGCAAGAGGAGCCCUUGAUACGGAAGAGCAUUGUAGCUGAGAAGAUCCUUCAGCGCAAGAGCUUGCAAAUUCGCAAUAAGCAACAAGAUUGGCAGGAAUCUCCAGAAGGCCAAAAGAUGCUAGAAUUCCGAAGAAGUCUCCCGGCGCAUAAAGAGAAAGAUGCAUUAUUAAACUUCAUUACACAAAAUCAGGUGGUGGUUGUGUCGGGUGAAACUGGGUGUGGUAAGACCACACAACUUCCUCAAUAUAUCUUGGAGUCUGAAAUUGAAGCCGGUCGUGGAGCUGCAUGUAGUAUUAUUUGUACUCAACCUAGACGAAUAUCUGCUAUGUCAGUUGCUGAAAGAGUUGCUGCAGAGCGAGGUGAAAAUCUUGGAGAAUCUGUUGGAUAUAAAGUGCGGUUGGAGGGAAUGAAAGGGAGGGAUACUCGCCUUCUCUUUUGCACCACUGGCAUUUUGUUAAGGAGAUUGCUUGUUGACCGAAGCUUGAAAGGUGUAUCUCAUGUUGUUGUUGAUGAGAUUCAUGAACGUGGGAUGAAUGAGGAUUUUCUAUUAAUUGUCCUAAAGGAACUCCUUCCUCGACGUCCAGAAUUGAGGUUGAUUUUGAUGAGCGCAACCCUGAAUGCUGAGCUUUUCUCCUCAUACUUCGGUGGUGCUCCUAUGAUCCAUAUUCCUGGCUUUACAUACCCAGUUCGAAGUCUUUUUCUGGAGAACAUUUUGGAAACAACUGGGUAUAGGCUAACUUCGUAUAACCAAAUUGAUAAUUAUGGUCAAGAGAAGAUGUGGAAAAUGCAGAAACAAUCUCUCAGAAAGAGGAAGAGCCAGAUUGCUUCAGCUGUAGAGGAUGCAAUUGAAGCUGCCGAUUUCAUGGAUUAUGGCCCACGAACUAGGGAGUCUUUAUCUUGUUGGAAUCCUGAUUCAAUCGGCUUUAAUCUUAUUGAACACAUGCUGUGCCAUAUUAUCAAAAAGGAGAGACCUGGUGCUGUUUUAGUAUUUAUGACUGGUUGGGAUGACAUAAAUUCUUUAAAAGAUCAGCUCCAAGCUCAUCCACUCCUGGGAGAUCCAAGCAGAGUUUUACUGCUUGCAUGCCAUGGUUCCAUGGCUAGCUCGGAGCAGAGGUUAAUAUUUGAUAAACCAGAAGAUGGAGUUAGGAAAAUAGUUCUGGCCACUAACAUGGCUGAGACAAGCAUCACGAUUAACGACGUAGUCUUUGUGGUUGACUGUGGAAAGGCCAAAGAGACAUCAUAUGAUGCUCUGAAUAACACUCCAUGUUUGCUUCCUUCAUGGAUCUCCAAGGCUUCUGCUCGUCAGAGAAGAGGUAGAGCUGGUCGUGUUCAACCAGGCGAAUGUUACCAUCUGUAUCCGCGAUGUGUAUAUGAUGCUUUUGCUGAUUAUCAACUUCCCGAACUUCUAAGGACACCUUUGCAGUCUCUAUGCUUGCAAAUAAAAAGCUUGCAACUUGGGAGUAUUUCAGAGUUCCUAUCAAGGGCUUUGCAACCACCGGAGCCUUUAUCUGUUCAAAAUGCUAUUGAAUAUUUGAUGGUCAUUGGAGCUUUGGAUGCGAAUGAAAAUCUGACGGUGCUAGGAUGCAACUUGUCAAUGCUUCCAGUUGAGCCUAAACUGGGGAAAAUGCUCUUGUUUGGAGCUAUUUUCAACUGCCUGGAUCCAAUAAUGACUGUUGUUGCUGGUCUAAGUGCCAGAGAUCCAUUCCUAAUGCCAUUCGACAAGAAGGAUCUUGCAGAGUCUGCAAAGGCCCAGUUCUCUUCGCGUGAUUACAGCGACCAUCUUGCCCUUGUCCGGGCAUAUGAUGGUUGGAAAGAUGCUGAAAGGCAUCAAUCGGGUUAUGAGUAUUGUUGGAAGAAUUUCCUGUCUGCACAAACUCUGAAAGCCAUUGAUUCCCUUCGGAAGCAAUUCUUUUAUUUGCUUAAGGACACUGGUCUUCUGGACAACACAGAAAUUUGCAACACGUGGAGCCAUGAUGAGCAUUUGAUCCGCGCCAUUAUUUGUGCGGGUCUGUUUCCUGGCAUAUGCUCUGUUGUGAACAAAGAGAAGUCUAUCUCAUUGAAAACAAUGGAGGAUGGACAGGUACUUCUGUACUCGAGUUCUGUGAACGGCCAGGAACUCAAAAUUCCACAUCCUUGGCUUGUUUUCAAUGAGAAGGUUAAAGUGAAUUCUGUAUUUCUUCGGGAUUCAACAGCUGUAUCCGAUUCUGUGGUUCUCUUAUUCGGAGGAAACUUUUCUAGAGGGGACCUGGAUGGACACUUGAAAAUGUUGGGAGGAUACUUGGAAUUUUUCAUGAAUCCUGCCUUAGCAGAUACAUAUCUAAGAUUGAAGAAAGAGCUUGAAGAACUAAUUCAAAAGAAGCUUUUGAAUCCCAAGUUGGACUUGAAAGACCACAAUGAGCUGCUUUUGACAAUAAGACUGUUGGUAUCAGAGGACAGAAGUGAAGGUAAAUUUGUUUUUGGUCGGCAGUUGCCAACACCAUCAAAAAAGGCAACAAAAGAGACACUACUUCCAGGCCCACGCUCAAAAAGUAGUGAUGGUGUGGGAGGUGAUAAUUCCAAGAACCAGCUUCAAACAUUGCUUGCCAGGGCUGGACAUGGAACACCCUCAUACAAGACAACACAACUUAAAAACAACAAGUUUCGUUCCACUGUCAUCUUCAAUGGGCUGAAUUUUGUGGGUCAGUCUUGCAACAAUAAGAAACUUGCGGAAAAGGAUGCAGCGGCUCAGGCUCUCGAAUGGUUGAUGGGCGAAACUCAAUCGUCUGAGAAAGCUGUUGACCAUAUGUCGAUGCUUUUAAAGAAGAGCAAAAAGAAACAGCCAGUUCAAUCUACAAAGUGGAGGUAGUUGUUUUUUUAACUGGAGGUAGUUAUUGCUGAUAAACAAAAUGGCCUUGACAUUAUAGAAUAGUUAUUACUGACAAAGGAAGAAAAGUUCCUCGGUUCCUCCUUCGCUUUGUGUUUUGGGGGCCAGAAUAUAGAAUGGAGCUAGUGGAUCAGAUGUAACAUGGGUCCCUUGCUUUUGAAUUCUUGUUCAUCAAGUGGGGCAGACGAGGACAUUUAACAGUGGAAACCAGAGAUUUUCAGCAAGCCCAAUUGUGGAAACAGAAGUCAAUGUUUUGAUGUUGGCGGUAUCUAUUUAAGCUCGUGGAUCAGCUUCAGCCGGCAUUACCACUUCAGGUAAAAUUACCUUGAAGAAUUAGAAGAUAGCAGGCAUUUCUGCAGUCGUCAUCUAUGUAUUUCACAAAAUGUAUAUAUGUAAAUUGCACCAUUAGUGUUUCUUGGUGCAACUCUUUAUCUUGAAUAGUGCUUAAAGUUUCUGCCGUUUGGGCAGUAUUGAUAACUUUAAUACAUCAAAUUGAUAGACUUUGGAGGGCUAGUGUAGGGUUUCACUCUUUGUUACUCCUUUUUGUGGAGAUUGCUGUGAAAAUCAUGAAAUGGAAUCGCCUAUUCAUGUUAAGCUAUCCACUUGAAUCAGGUGUACAAUUUUAAGAUUGCUAUGAAAUUACAGUAAUGUUGGAA